UUGACAUAUUAUUAUAGCUAACCCCAAAGUGUGUUUGUGUUGUCUAUUUAAAUUUUUUUGUCGUUACCCUUCCAUCUACCCGAAAUCAUUUCAGUUGAACAGUUCCAACCCCCGUCAAUCAGUGAACUCUUCAUCCUUUUUUGAUAAAUAUCUCUUCCGCAAUUCCCUCCUUUUCCUGUCAAAUUUUCUGGGAAUUUUUCAGGCCAAGAAUGUACAGAUUGCGUUAUUUCGAUAAAUAUCUUUGCAACCAUAUCGAUUUCGAUCGUCGAGUUUGCAGCCGGUAUUCGAUCUGGGGACUAGAUGCAGUCCCUUACGGGCAGACCAUACAGAAAAUCCUGAAUUUCGUAUCUCCAUGCACGCAUGAAAUAUUUCCAUUGAUUUAUUGGACUGUUAUGUGCGUCGGAAUCUUUGGUACGAUCUGUAGCGUCUAUGAAUUCCUGACAGUAUACCAUGGAAACAAAUGCCUAAGUACAUUCAGAAGUCGACGAUUCUACGUCCUUCCUGGAGUUUUUCGACGAAAUUCACGUCUCAUUGGUGCAGCAUUUAUGGCAAAAUUCUAUUUGCUAAUGCUUCUUGGAGUGAUAAUGUUGUAUCCACCAUUCCUUAUACCCUAUCUGACGAUCCAAGCCGUGAGUCUCGGAAUGGAUUUAGUCCUGUGGGCGCUCGACUUAGUCAUGGACGAUGAAUUCCUAAGCCUGACCACACUUGUGUCCUACUUAUUCUUUAUUGUGACCUGGACAUUUGUACAGUGUGUCAAGGAGGUGUUCGAAGAUGCCAUCAGGAAUGGAGAUACUUCAAAUUUAUCACUCAUAAAAAUUUAGUAAAGAGCAAAAAGGAUAUCAGAAACUUGAAAACUAUCAAAAAAUACUGUAUUUGUGUUUUAAAUAAAUUUAAGGAAAUAUAAUUUAUUUUAUACUCAUGAA